GAGCAGCGGGCGGCUGGCCUUGGCCGGCACACCCCGCUUGGGAAACCUGCUCCGCGUCCCGAGGGUGCGGGUAGGGAAGGCAUAGAGUUUUAAAUUGAAGAAAAAAUGUCACUUUACGAUGACUUGGGAGUUGAGACCAGCGAUUCCAAAACAGAAGGCUGGUCUAAAAACUUCAAACUACUACAGUCUCAAUUGCAGGUGAAGAAGGCAGCUUUGACUCAAGCAAAGAGUCAGAGAACCAAGCAGACAACAGUACUUGCUCCAGUGAUUGACCUGAAGCGAGGGAGUUCUUCUGAUGAAAGACAGAUCGUGGACACACCGCCUCAUGUAGCAGCUGGGUUAAAGGAUCCCGUACCUAGUGGUUUUUCUGCAGGAGAUGUAUUGAUUCCUCUGGCAGAUGAGUAUGAUCCCAUGUUUCCAAAUGACUAUGAAAAAGUGGUGAAGCGGCAAAGAGAGGAACGACAGAGGCAGCGUGAGCUGGAGAGGCAAAAGGAAAUAGAAGAGAGAGAAAAAAGACGUAAAGACAGACAUGAAGCCAGUGGGUUUUCAAGAAGACCAGAUCCAGAUUCUGAUGAAGAUGAAGAUUAUGAAAGGGAGAGAAGAAAAAGAAGUAUGGGAGGAGCUGCAAUUGCACCACCUACAUCUCUGGUUGAGAAGGACAAAGAACCUGUAGCAUCGUUCCCAUACGAAGAUGAGUCAAGACCUCGGGCACCAUCUUCCAAAGCAGCCAUUCCUCCUCCAGUGUACGAUGAGCCAGACAGACCUCGUAGCCCCACAGGACCUAGCAACUCAUUCCUUGCUAACAUGGGAGGGACAGUGGCUCAUAAAAUCAUGCAGAAGUAUGGUUUCAGAGAGGGCCAAGGGCUGGGAAAGCACGAACAGGGGCUGAGCACAGCACUCUCUGUAGAGAAAACUAGCAAGAGGGGUGGCAAGAUCAUUGUUGGAGAUGCUACAGAGAAAGCAGAUGCAACCAAGAAAGCAGAUUCUAAUCCAUUGACUGAGAUACUGAAAUGCCCAACUAAAGUGGUCUUACUAAGGAAUAUGGUGGGUGCAGGUGAGGUGGAUGAAGAUCUAGAAGUUGAAACUAAGGAAGAAUGUGAAAAAUAUGGCAAGGUUGGGAAAUGUGUCAUCUUUGAGAUUCCUGGUGCCCCUGAUGAUGAAGCUGUAAGAAUAUUUUUGGAGUUUGAACGGGUUGAGUCUGCAAUUAAAGCUGUUGUGGAUCUAAAUGGAAGAUACUUUGGCGGCCGAGUGGUGAAGGCUUGUUUCUACAACCUGGACAAGUUCAGAGUACUGGAUCUGGCAGAGCAAGUUUGAUUUUAAAAAUCUAGCUCGAGGUGUCACUGUUUUGGCAAUCGUGUUUUCAGCAGUAGGCUGGGAAAAAAGAAGAGAAAGUAGCUUUCCUAGCAGACUGGAAACAAGCCUCAUUGAAUGGAUUUUUCGCAUUCGUUGUGACUUCAUUUUUUGUAAUAUAAAGCCCUUUGAAAUUAA